AUGGCCGUCAGUGUCGCGGACGCUAGUGCAGCUGCAACCACAAGUGAAACGAUCGAGCAAUUAUGCGAGGAAGCAUACAAAGAGAAAAUUGCCGAACACUGGACGUGGAAUUACAUUUGGAAUAAUAUCAAGUGGAGUCAGUUUAUUCCCAUGGUAAUACUCAACGUUGGAUUAGUAGGAUCCCUGACGAUGUACGCCUUCGGACUCAACUCGAUACCCGUCAAACCGAUGACCGUUGCUUGGAUAUUCAUCGUCGGUUGUGGAGCAUUCGUAGGAACAACGGCAGGAGCACAUCGCCUCUGGUCUCACCGCUCCUACAAGGCGAAUCUCCCUAUGCGAAUACUGCUGAUGUUCCUCUACUCCGUUCUCGGAUUGUACACGAUCUACGACUGGGCAAGGGACCACAGAGUCCACCACAAGUACGUUGAGACUGAUGCAGAUCCCCACAACGCGAAGCGGGGUUUCUGGUUCUCCCAUAUGGGCUGGCUCUGCGUCCAUCGUCACCCGGAGUGUCUGCGCCGAGGUAGAGAGGUCGACAUGACGGACGUGAGAAACGACGGAGUUGCCAUGUUCCAGAGAAAAUACGGUACGAUUCUAAACAUCAUAUUCUGCUUCACAUUACCGACGAUAAUCCCGGUAAUAUGUUGGGAUGAAACUGUCAUGCACGCUGUGCUGACUCAGGUUUUCAUACGCUACGUCCUGGGCGCACACUGCCUCUGGAGCAUAAACAGUUUCGCACACCUUUGGGGCGAUCGACCUUACAACAGACUGAUAAACCCAGCUGAAAAUAUGCUGGUUUCGGUGCUGACGGGUGGCGAAGGAUCGCACAAUUAUCAUCACACAUUCCCCUGGGACUACAAAGCCUCUGAGUUGCCCUACAUUAACUUCAACGCAGCAACGAUGUUCAUUGACGCGUUCGCCAAAAUCGGAUGGGCCUACGACCUGCGACAACCGUCGCCCGAACUUAUAGACAAAAUAGUUCAUAGAAUCGGCAAGAAGUCUACGGUUCCUGUACAACACCAGCAGUACUGGUUAUUCAGGCAGAUUUCCGAGCUUGGGUCGCACCUCCAGCCAUUGCUCAGAUCACCGAAACGGUUCCUCGAUCAGAUUUCCACGAAAGUUCACGGGAGCUUUUAUUUCUGCGAUACGAGACCACGCCAAGAUUAA